CCCCCACACACCCACACACACAUAAAGUUUUCGUUCUGUUUCAAUGGCUUCUACUUCAUCAGUUCAAAAGAGGUUCAAGUACGAUGUGUUUUUGAGUUUCCGGGGUGAAGACACCCGCAAAACCUUUGUUGAUCAUCUCUAUCAUGCUCUUAACCAGAAAGGCAUUAUCACAUACAAAGAUGACGAAAAAAUCGAGAAAGGGGAAAUGAUCAAAGAGCAGCUCAUCAGAUCCAUUGAAGAGUCCAGAUUUUACAUAAUUGUUUUCUCCAAGAAGUAUGCAUCUUCUUCAUGGUGCUUAGAGGAACUGGUAAAGAUUAUGGAGUGCCAGAAGAUGACCGAGCAUACUGCUUACCCCAUCUUCUAUGAUGUGGAACCCACUGAAGUCCGCAACCAAAGUGGUUCAGUUGGAGAAGCCUUUGCAAAACAUGUAGAGAAAGACGCUAUUGGGAGAUGGAGAGAUGCUCUGAAAGAAGUAGCCAGUCUAGGUGGGUGGGAGUUGAAGAACACUUUUGAUGGGUAAUCUGCUCAUCUAUAUUCUUUAAUUAUGGUUCUUUCUAAUGUUGAAUGAUGGGACUCGAAAAAUGAGUAUGUUACUAUACUAUUGAUUCAUAUAUGGUUGUAGUAGGUUAUAACC